GAAAUGUGAGCUUUUGGGCGGAUUGUUCUCUUCCCUCUUUACACCACCCCGUCUGCGUGUGUCAGCAGCUACAGAGAUGUUUUUAACCACAGUUAACAGUUCUAGUUGAGUUUUCACUUUAGUUUUAUUCUCCUGCCGUCAUGGGUGACUGGGACCCGGCCGGAGCAGCCGCGACACGCCGGAGGAGAGCGACUCUCACAGCGGGGAGAACAGCCAGUCUGCAGCCGGUGAACGGGAGAUCUCCGGCGGCGUGUGACAGCUCAGUGACCGCCGACGUUUGCGCGAACGAUGGGCAGAGAAGACGGGACCGCUCGGUGGAGACGGUCCGGCCCAAAACCAGGAGCGAGAAGAAGAAACAACGAAGGAACGACUUAGGAGACAGGAUGAGUUGUCACAAAACCCAGGAGUCUCUUCUGACUUCUACCAGCGGUUUCAAUAACUACAGAGGGGUUCUCAACUGGUGUGUGGUGAUGCUGGUGCUGAGUAAUGCUCGCCUCUUCUUAGAAAACCUCUUAAGGUACGGUGUUCUGGUGGACCCUGUUCAGGUGAUUUCCUUGUUUCUGAAUGAUCCCUACAGCUGGCCAGCAGCAUGCCUGGUGAUUGUGUCCAAUGUGUUCAUUGUGGUGGCCCUCUACACAGAAAGGCAGCUAUCGAAGGGUUCAUUCAGUGAACUUGUGGGAUUUCUGGUCCAUUGCAUCAACUUUGCAUUAAUGCUAACAUUCCCUGCUGCAGUGGUCCUGUUGGUUCCCUCCGUGACCCCAGUUGGAGGUGCUUUCGUACUUGGCUCUUACACUAUUCUCUUCCUGAAGCUCUACUCCUAUAAGGACGUCAACUUGUGGUGCAGAGAGCUGAGCACCGUCAAGGCCAAGAAACUGUCCCGGUCACUGUCAUGUCCGUCAGCACAGACACUAAACGGAGGCGACCGCAAGGUGUGCUAUCCUGGAAACCUCACCAUCAGAGACAUGUACUACUUUGUCUUUGCUCCGACUCUGUGCUACGAGCUCAACUUCCCACGCUCUUCUACAAUCCGCAUGAGUUUCCUGCUGAGGAGACUGUUUGAGAUGUUGUUCUUCAUCCAGCUGUUGGUUGGUCUCACUCAACAGUGGAUGAUUCCUGUCAUUCAAAGUUCCAUGAAACCGCUAGAAGACAUGGAUCUGUCAAGGAUGACUGAGAGACUCCUUCGAUUAGCUGUUCCCAAUCACUUGCUGUGGUUGAUAUUUUUCUACUGGUUCUUCCACUCAUCUAUGAACUUCACCGCUGAGCUGCUGCGCUUUGGAGACAGACAGUUUUACAAGGACUGGUGGAAUUCAGAGACGGUGACAUAUUUCUGGCAGAACUGGAACAUCCCUGUUCACAAGUGGUGCCUACGCCACUUUUACAAGCCGCUGCUGAGGAGAGGAUUCAGUAAAAUCAUCAGCCAAUCAGCCGUCUUCUUCUUGUCCGCUUUCUUUCAUGAGUACUUAGUAAGCGUUCCUCUCAGGAUGUUCAGACUUUGGGCUUUUACAGGAAUGAUGGCACAGCUUCCAUUAGCCUGGUUCGUUGGCAACUUCCUGCGUGGUAACUACGGCAACGCUGCGGUGUGGAUGUCCCUCAUCAUCGGUCAACCGUUCGCGGUGCUGAUGUACGUCCACGAUUACUACGUCCUGCACUACAGAGAGGAGGCCCAGUAGACACAUCCACACAGCUCACAGCAUGGUUUUCUGACUUUGUCUCACUUUUCUUUCGUCUUUUUUGCACAAACAAACACAUUAAUCCUCCACAGGUACCAGAUAAUGUCCUCUACAAUUCAGGAUGAGCUGAUCGCAUCGGCUGCAUGAUUCGAACAGCAAGUUUACAUUUAAAAUCUUGAUUGUUGCGUCUUUCUGCUGGGAUUCUUUCCAAAGAAGAAAACAGAAGUAGGAAAAUAUCAACCUUGAAACACUACUGUAACUUAGGGAGGAGGUGAUAAACUCUGAUCAGCUACAACAUUAAGGGUAAAGUGAGAAAUAUUGAUUGUCUUUGUCGCCAUGGCAGCUGUUAAGGAGUUUGAUAUAUUAAGCGGCUCUGUUGUGUCUUCCUGCUGGGAUUCCUUACAAAGGAACAAACAGAAAGAGGAAAGUAUCCAGUUAAUGCCUUUAAAUGUGGAAAAGUGGGCAGCGUGACAGUGAAAACGGAACCAUGGUGGUGAAGUCAACUCUUUCACUCGUCACACAAAGCUUUGUGCUGCUGAUUUAAAUGGUCGAACAGAUGAGUAUCGUGUGGUGGCAACAACUGCAAGGCACUGUGGACAGAGGACGUGUUUUUGCUCAACGUCGUCCUUUAUGUCACUGUGAUAUUUUACUUAAUUCUAUUUUUCCUUUGCAGUGUUGCUCACCUUUUUCUAGCUCUUUUUAGACCCUGCAUGUUACCAAACUUUGUUAUUAAUGUUGAAAGCUAAAGCACUCAGUGUGUCCAAAAACCCCAAAAUCGGAGUAAAUAAUGUUCUAUCAGACAGACUUCUAUUAGAGAUUAGUCUUGAAAAAUGGGAAUUAUGCAAGCUGAUGUGUUUGAGUUCACUUCCUGUAUUUUACAUCACGCUUCCUGCGAUCUGACUUUUGCGCUCAUUGCAAUAUCAAUGCUGAAAGAAUAUAUUGUUUUAUAUAUAUAUAACAAUAAAAAAACAAUGUAUACCGACUUGAGUUCAGGAAUUCACGUGAACCCAACCUCAUACCACUUGAUCAGUCGACAACAUAAUCGAUAGACUUUAUCUACAACUUACUUUUCCCUUUGAGGUUGCUUCAGAAAAGAUUUUGUUGUUUUAUGACCUGAAUUAGUUCUUUAGUUUUAUUGUAAAGCACUGUGUUUCAAUAAAUACAAUCCUAUUUAAAGGGCAAACUAUGUCAUGGUAAAUGUGGCAGCAGUUUUGCUUCCUGCCAUGCUGCAAAACAUAUUCAGGAAUGGUUUGGUAAACAUGAUAGAGUUCAGGAUGUUGACUUGGCAUUCAGCUUCUCCAGAUCUAAAUCAGAGGGAUGUUCUGGAAAAAAAUGUUUGGCAACCUACUAAAUAUUAGGAAGGUUGUUUUAACGUUGUGGCUGAUGGGUGUUUAAAUGCAGUGUUUUACUCAGGUGAUUUGUAUUCCAAUGUCAUGUUAAAACUUCAGUUUGGGCGGCCAUUUUAGUUGAAUUGAUAAUAAUAAUAAUCUAUCUACAAGAACGACAGCAUGCAGGGUUUUGUUACCUUUCGUACACUUGUGCUUAAACAGUAUAAUCACCGAGUUUUAUCACUUUUUAAUUUGACAACAUGGUACAAGUUGAAAUUUGGAUAGAGAUUCGGGAUCCGCCGUGUUCCGUCCUUUUGUUUUUGUGAGCCAAAGGGGCCUUAAUCUGUCCGUUUUUUACUGUUGUAGAUGUGGAGCGUCACUAGAAGAAAUGAAUGUAUGCUGAUAGGAUUUUUUUUUUUUUUACUCUUAUCAGUUAUAAAAAGGCCAGAGUUACUGUUUGUGUAUGGUUUUUUUUUGUUUGUGACCUGAAGUGCCACUACAAUGCAGCUCAUAUCCAGUCGCUUCAAUACGGUUUGUGCAUUCAACAAAUACUAUGCAAAAUCAAGAAAUUAGUGUGUUGCUUUCUCAUUGGACUAGUGCCAAGUACAAGUGUGUGUAAUGAUGUAUGCGAAUACAAUAUUUGUCUAAAAAUGAAGAUUAAAAAGUUAUUUUGAUUCAA